UCAAUCUGUUGUGAUGCUCUCUUUUUCUAUCCUCCUACUAAUAUUCAUACUUUAGCUUUUAUCUCCCUUUCGCUCUGUUUCCGCUUGUUUUUUCUUUCUUCCACUCCAUUUCAACCCUUUUGGAAACAAUUGUUUAAAAAUGGAAAAUAACCGACAGCACACAACCCGGGGGCGUCCUUCCUUUCGUGAUGUGUCGUGCCACGUUACGGUUGGGUGAUUUUUAUACCUCAUUUUCUUUUGCUCCCAUGCAACUCCACCCAACCACUAACCUGCUCCACCAUCCCUUUUCUUGCGACACACACACACACGCUUUGCGUCUCGCUCUAUCUUGCCUUUCCUCUGUUUUUUUCUUUCUUUUCUUUCGCUUUCAUUCGUCCUCAUCUGCUUUUUUCUUUAGAUCAACUUACGCGCGGGAUAUUCCAGGUUUCUCCAUAUCUCUGUGCCGCUUGCCUGUAUGAAUGUGGCUGUUUGUGGUGAAUUAGCUACAGGCAAUACAGGAAAACAGGAAAAACCGUUGUUAUGCUUGCUCCUUUAGCGUGGUAUAGAUCGAAGCGUGUAGCAGAUAAGCGAGAGAAAACGGGGAAUUAAAAGCUGCGUCUCUUGUUGGAAUGGCAGAGCAAAACAUCCCCCCCCCCCUCCGCCAUGAAGAAGUGUAUGUUGGGCACCACUUUAUUCUUUUUUUGACGGUUGAUACAUAUGCGCAAGACCACGGAAAAAAAGGGAUGCUUUGUUUUGGAUGGUUUUGGAGUAGUGGUGAUGACUCCCAUACAUCUCUAUCUGCAUAGUAUUAAGCUAUGCCGCAGCUGCUUAGAAUCUCGCUGUGGAGCCUACACCCUUUACAUCCAGCUCCUUUACAGUUAGUACGGUGGAGGCGCUCACCUUCUAUAUAUAUACCUUUCUCUUUCAACUCCUCUCACGGUCAUCUCCAUCUUGUCCAUCGCCAUAUUUGUUAGGUCUGGAUGAUUGAUGAUUUCAUGCGUAUUUGUGCAGCACACGAGGGAUUUUGUUUUGUGUAUUACAUGGGUAGAUGAAACUUUUGCUAAAACUAAUCCAAAAUACGCAUGAUACAUUCAGCUACCGUUUUUGGGGAGUACACCCCAUUCCACGAGCACUUGGCAUACGCAGGUAAGGGGUGCGACUCCUCGCAUACGCACGCAUACCGUUCGGUUUGUGUGUGUGUGCGCUUCAUCUCGAAACGAGCGAAUCCGGGUCGUCGUUUUGGUUUUUUGGAAUGCCUUGAUGCGCAAGCCGAGACCAGCGGCAGCAGCAGCAGCAGCCAAUCGUGUGUGACCGACCGGUGACCCGCUGUACCGCUGCGGGAGCGAGACAGCACACCGUGCAUGAGAGAGAGCGCACGCAAAGAGAGACAAAAACGGUGUAGGGACGCUGGGAAAGAUUCAAGAGAUAGAUAGGAGAGGAACCUUAUUGGUUGAAAGUAUGGAGCCCGUGAGGACAUCUUUCCUUGCAAACUGUGGGCCCCCUGGUUUGUUUCAGCCGCUAUUGCGUAUAUGUGUUUAUGUACGUUUAUAUACUUAUAGCAGUGGUGCCGCACCCAAGCUUUAGAGAUAGAUCGCAAAGAAUUACUCUCACCAGAACUAGCCAGGAACAAAAAACCAGAUGUGUGUAUGGACACCGAAACGACCUGAACGCGGAGAGACCGUAUCAAGCGGAUCCCUUUUGAACUCACCCCACACCCUCCCCCGGCAACCCCCCCAAAAAGAAAGAAAGAAACAACCCUCCAGCAGUACGGUGCGAGGGAGUUGUGUGUUGCGGAUGGUGCGCAGUUGUGUGUUCUCUCUUUUUCAUCGACUCGGGGGUGCUGCUGCGCUCAGGAUACGUCGAACGAGAUCGCUCCGGCUAUGAUCUCUCCCUUUGCUGAGUUUUGCUCUCUCCCUCUCUUGGGUACGCUCUCCGACACGCAAGUGUUUACUGCUGCUGCUGCUGCCGCUACUGCUGCUGGGAAAAAAAGGUGUACAUCCGUCAGGCGGUCUCAGCAGCUCCGGUCGCCUUCGACCUCGGUUCAGUCUGGGAGUCGAGCUUCAGACGAAAGAACGUGUGUACGUGCGUGCGUACGGCGGGAAUGCACGGCAGCUCUUAAGCAGCUUACACCGCGCCUAUUGGUGUCCUGGCCGGUCGCUUUAACACAAGCGUUUAAGGGAACGGUGCAGAGCUGUGUGAUAUUUUUGUGCUUGGAUUGAUUCCCUAUACUACUAUACCAUAGUUCUUGCAGCGGUGUGAUUGAUUGUGUGCCUGUGCUAAAGAGUGGUGUGUUGUGUGAUUCGUCUAUAAGUUCUGUUCUGUGCUGAUAAAACAUAAGUUCCCGUGUUCCUGCGUGCGAAAGACUCCUCCUAUGUAUGUAACGAUUUUGGUCCGGUGUGAUUUAACACAUCUAUGAUGGGUUUAAAGUAAAAAAAAUCUCUAAUAUAAGUCGGCUUUUAAAGUUUUUCUAAACGUGAAGAAGAAACCUUACAAAAGUGUCGUCUAGCAUCAUUAGUAUUGGUAUCCUCUGAUUGUUUCUGACGUCCAGUAAUUCAUGGCAAAACAUUAGUGCGUUUUGGUGAGUGCCAUCUUUUGUGCAAUAGACUUUGCCGUCCAUCGGUGCGUUUUUCUUUAUGGACUGGCUUCACCCGCAACUUGUGCAAUAUGAAGAUUUGGGAGCUUAACAACAGACUGGAGGACAUCCUUCCAUGCAGACUAUGUUACUUCAAUCAAUACAUCCAUUCACACCGGCAGGAUUUUAAGCCAUGCCUCCUCAAACCGUCCUUUGGCAGUAGUACAUCAUCCACCGAUAUGUGUAUAUAAGGGACGACGUGACGGUCGGGCGACUACUAUCAAAUACAUGGGGAUACCAGAAAAAACACCCACCAAGAAUAAAGCUACCGUGUGUAACCUGAAUGGCAUACAUUAGGACUGUUCGUAACUUUCCCGUUGCCAAACACAACGGAAGGAGAGCCUUUCCUUUGGUGAGAGUGAUGGUUUCUUCUGCUUCGCGGCAACCGGACGCUCAAAACAUGGAAGCCGGAAGUGAGAGUGCGGGAGAAGUUACCAGCGUUGCCACACCAGCCACUGCUGCAACCGGUACAUCCGAGCGGUAUACGAGGGUAAAGGUGGAGUCACCGGAACCAACGGCAGAGUCACCGCAGAGCGAAACAGAGAACACAGCCAACGAUCAGGAUAUGGAGGUGGAUGGUGCGAAGGUGCUGCACCGCGAAGUGGAAGUACCGUCACCGGCAGCAGAUACGCUGGAGGUCGUCAAAAGCACAUCACCGGCAGCAGCUGGUAGUAGCGAGGAGGAUGGUGCAAAUCAUUUCCAUCGCCAGCAACGCCGGAGUAGCAGCAGUAGCGGCAGCAACCCAACUCACCGCCAGCAGUCGGCCAAUAAGCAACGCAGCGAGCAUCUGCACCAGCUGACGGAUGAUAUGCUGCGGCGGAAAACGAUGAACAACAACAGCAGCACAGUGCCUAACAACAACAGUACCAGGGGCGGUGGAGUCGGUAAACGGUCGCUAGAAUCGACGGCGGAGAUGCUACUGCAGCAGCAGCGUCGCCAAGCGGCGGCAGCGGCUACAGCAACGUCGCUCGGGAAGCAACAGCAGCAGCAUACACGCGGUACGGGCGGCCAUAGGCGAGCAGAAGACGAGGAGGAAGAAACGGAGGAUGGUCCCGUUGGGUCGGAACCGGGGAAGCGAUACGUUUGCCCAAUCUGUGACAGUGUGUCACCGACGCAGCGUGCCUUUACCGAUCACAUCCGGCUGCACAAUGCCGAGUCUGAGUCGGCAGCGACGGCGGUUGCGUCAGCAACCUUCUGCUGCAAAAUCUGCUCCAAGGUGCUGUCGUCGGCAUCAUCGCUCGAUCGGCACGUGCUGGUACAUACGGGCGAACGGCCAUUCAACUGCAAGUACUGCAGCCUCACGUUCACCACCAACGGGAAUAUGCAUCGGCACAUGCGCACCCACAAGUACCCAUCGGGACGUGACAGCUUCGAGAGUGAUGCCGGUGGUGGUGGUGGUGGUGGAGGCGGCGGUGGCAUUAGUGCCAGCGGAGGCGGUUCAUCGUCUGACGGUAGCGGUGGAGGAGGAGCAGGAGGAAACAAGACUGUCCGCAGCAGUGGCCGCACGGGUCACGGUGGUUCAGCAGCAACAGCAGCAACUGCAGCAAAUCGACAUUAUCGCAAGAAAAAGGAAGAAGAACCAGAGGAGGAUGAAGACGCGGACGAGGAUGAUGAUUAUGGGCAGCCAAAGAAGAAGAAGCGUGCACUGUUCGCUAGUGGGGAAGAUCAGGACGAGGAAGAGCUAACGAUGAUGGAGGAGCAGGCGAGCAGUACUAGACGUCGCCGUAAGGAGCACGAUCUGCUGAUGAACGUCGAUAACAUGGAGGAUCGACAGCAACACCAUCUGAAUCAUCAUCGCGAGGAGGCAGACUUGGAGGACGAUGGUGAAUUUGACGAUGAGGAACACAGCGGUGGCAAACGGAAGGCAACGUUAGGUGGUAGCGAACGGGCACAACAGUAUCGCAAGGUGCGCACCAUCAACAACAAUCUGCUGGAAGGCUCGGUGAUCGAAAGUGGCCAGCGGUACUGCUGUCCGGUUUGUGUGCGAAACGAUUUCGCCAGCAUGCUCAGCCUGGAGCAGCAUCUGGACCGGGAACAUCCGACCAUACCGGCGAAAUGCCGACACUGCGAGAUUAUGUUCCGCAGCCACAAGGCGCUGAAUGCGCACCGUUGCAGCAAUAACAACUACCAAAACAUAACGCCCGGCUUCAAGGAUCUUACCUUUGUGGACUUUUCCAGCGAGAAGUUUCCACUGAUCGCGAAGAACCUGUGCGAGCAGAGCAUCCGGACGCCGGUGACGAGCCAGAAGUACGAGUGUACCCGUUGCUACCGGGCAUUCCCCUGCUCGAAGACGCUCUCGAUGCAUGCGGCCGACUGUUGCAGUGGUGGCGUGGGCGGUACCGGUGGCGAACGAACCUCUGCUACUGGGCAAAGACGCAAGCGGGCACCGAGCGAAUCGGACUCGUCGGAUGAUGUGUCCGGUUCGGAUGUGGGUUCGUGUUACGACGAUCGGCAGCAUAACCGAACGUACGAUGAGGACCGGCAUCGAGAUCAUCGCAAUCAACAGCAGCAACAGCAGCAGCAACAGCAACAACAGCAACACCACGUACAGCAGGGUCAUCUUCGGCGCGAAGAUUUCUUCGCCAACUUGGAUCUGCAGAAUCGUUCGGUCGGUACGUUUUCGGAGGCACCGACCACACCAUCAUCGCUGGACAAAUCAUUCUCGUCACCGGUGCCGGUACUGAAGCAGGAACCGCUCGCAUCGCCGACCGACUCGACUCCACCCGCCGCCCUGCCAACGUACUACUCCUCCAACAUGGCGCUCUACCAUGCACACCAGCAGCAGCAGCAGCAACACCAGCAGAUGGUUGACAGCGGUAAGGAUUUAGCCGACAUUCAGUCAAUCAUCAAUGUGGCAUCGUCGGGUGGUUUGUUCGGUCGACAACUCGAUGGUGGCAGCCAUACACCACUGUCUGGGCUGCUCGACGCUGCUUCGCUCGGUAAGGACGGUGCAGGCAGUGACAGUGGCAUGUAUGCCCACUCGACUGGAUCACGGGACGAGCCGGAAGAAGCGCAGGAUGCGUUUACUGCCGAGUUCCGCCGUAUGAAGCUGCGUGGGCAGUUCCCGUGCCGCAUCUGUACGGCAGUCUUUCCGAAUCUGCGUGCCCUCAAGGGUCACAAUCGGACGCACGUGACGGCGGCCGGACCGGGUCCGUACCAGUGCAAUAUGUGCCGGUAUGUGGUUAGCGACAAGGCGACACUGAUCCGACAUAUGCGCACACACAACGGGGACCGACCGUACGAGUGUGCCCUGUGCAACUAUGCCUUCACGACGAAGGCAAAUUGUGAACGGCAUCUCCGCAACCGGCAUGGACGUACGACCCGUGAAGAUGUGAAGCGCGCCAUCAUCUACCAUCCGGCGGAGGAUUCAUCCUGUGACGAUCCGCUCAAGAAGCUGCAACUGUUCAACACACCACCGGCGGACGGUUCGUACACGCCGACCAUGCUGGCGAGUGCCACGUACCAGGAUGAGCAAAGUUUGCCGGAAGCACGCAGCAGCACCCCGCUGCAGUCGCAGGAGCUGAAGGAUAUGCUUAUGCCACAGUUGUCGCUAAGCUUUGUAGCAGCCGCAGCAGCAGCCGGUACGAACCAUAGCCCCCAGCUAGAUACAAGCCUGCUCCUGCAGACAACACCACUCGUUGGAGGUGUGGGCAAUGGUACAUUCGGUACGGCGGUAGCAGCCAAAAUACAGGUGAAGAGCCUUGAGAAAUUGAACCAACUGACACCACCGAAGGAGGACGAUGAGGAUGAGGAUGAGGAUGCACUCGACGAGGAACAGGAACAGCAGCUACUGGAGGAUUCGACCAACAUUUCUAGCAAGCAAACAACACCGAUUGCACCAGCCAGUGGUGAAGCAUUAUCGCAAAAGGCUGCUACUAAACAUUCGGCAGGUGUAGCAGGAGAAGCAAACAGUAACCCACUACCAAUCGAUUUAAGCAUGGAUGCGCUCGAUCUCAGCAAGAAGUCGAACGCGUUUAGUCGUAAACCUGUACCGACAAGCACACCAACAGUGCCGAUGCUGUCCACAGACGGUGAGGACGAAGACGAUGAUAUGGAGGGUGUGCCAAUGCAUCGCCACCGGGCGGAACUGUUGCAUCCGGUCAAUGGUGUUGAUAGCGAACCACGCUCGCUGGUGUCUAGGAAGCAUUCCGGCAAUGGAACCAAACAGCAGCACGUCGCACCACCAGCAAAGGACACGGAUGCGGAGGACGACGAGACGGUUCACCGUCGGGGUGAGUUGCCGAAGCUGUCGAAGGUUAAUCUGGCGCAGCAGCAGCAACAGUUUCAGCUGUUCAACGAUACGUUUGCCAAACUCGAUCCGAUGCACUUCUUCCAGCUUUACCAGCUGUACAACUCACUGCAGCUACCAUCGUUUCCGCUGCAUGCGGCACCGUUUUUGCAAAGCCACAUGCUACCGAGUUCGGCGGCUGCCCUCGGCGAACUGUUGGGCAAGGACUUUGGUUUGGGCGCACUGCCGAAUCUGGCAGCGGCGGCAGCAGUAACAGCGGCGGCCACAACCAGCAGUGGCCGCAACCAUCGUCAUCCGUUGCUGGUGAAUCCGUUCUAUCCACCGCCGGGUACCGAUACACCACCGAACAGUGUUUCCAAGUCGGGCGAUUGUAUGACUGGUGAUAUCGGUACGGCUGCUACCGUUGCAACACCGAAGCAGCUGCUAACGCCCUCAUCGCCUUCGCCGAUGUCGACACCGAUCGGCGGUAGUAGUACCGGUGGCACGAUUGGAGGAACAAACGGUGGCAACAAUCAACAACUGCAUGCCGGUAGCGGUUCGCCAGUGACUUCGACCGCUGCAUUAGCAGCCGCAGCAGCAGCAGCCGCCGCCGCCGGUGUCGGUAGCUUCGGCGUAUCGCCCUUAUCGGCAGCGGCAGGUGGCGCCAGUUCGUCCGGCGUUGGUCCGGUCAAGAUGGUGAUUAAAAAUGGAGUCCUCAUGCCAAAGCAGAAGCAACGUCGCUACCGUACCGAACGGCCAUUUGCUUGCGAACAUUGUUCGGCUAGAUUUACGCUGCGAUCCAACAUGGAGCGGCAUAUUAAGCAGCAACAUCCACAGUUCUGGUCUCAGCGACAGCGGGGUGGCCAUCAUCUGAUGCGUCGCGGUGGUGGUGGUGGAGGCAACAGCAGUAGCGCUGCGAGUAUGUCGGCUACAAACAGCUCCGUCGGGUCGCUUGUAACAGCACUGCAGGGAGCGUUUGGUGCUGGUGGAGGUAUGCACGGAAGUGGCAAUGGAAGUGGUGCCAUUUCCGAGCAGGUAAAGUACGCCAUCUUAGCGCAGCAGUCCGGCAAGGGCAGUGGAGGGAUGUGUGGUGUUGGUAGUAAUAGCCAGGAUGGAGCUGCAAGUCACUUGAACCCACUUUUGCACAACAUGAUCGUACAGGGUGCGGCAGGACAGUGGAACCAGCAGCAACAGCAACACCAACGUCUCAACCACCAUUACGGACAGCAGCAAACCGCCGUAAUGUCGUCCGGACUUGCCGGCAGACGUAUGGGUGGCGGUGCGCGUGGCGAAACGGAAGAAGAUGAUGAUGACGAUUGUCGGGAGGAUCGACCGUACGAAGGUGCCACACCGAUACUUAGCCAACGUUAUCGUCGCCGUCGUCGCCGCCUGCAAUCGCAUCUUGAUCAGGAUGGUGAAUUUCUGCGCCGUGGUUUCGACGAAGGUGGCAACCUUCACAAGAUGGCGUACGACGAGGAAGAACGUCAAAUGGCUCCACCUGUAGACCACCAGGAAGAAGAGAAUGAGGAGGAUGAGGAGGAAGAGGGAGCAGCUGAGGAAGGACAUGACAAAGCGGAGGAGGAUGAUGAGGAGGAUGAUGCUCAGCUCGUGAUUGACGAGGAAGAAGAAUGUGGAACAAGGAUGUUGAAGCUGCAAGUACCGGACAGUAAAAAUGCUCCAAAUCUAGCAGCGUACAACGAACCGAAAGACGGGCUGGGAGCAAAUGGUGGUGAUGGAGACUCACAUCCCGAACAUGGUGGUAGCAUGAAUCGCAUACUGAAACAGAAGCUGGAAGAGAAUCGUACGAAGGCAGAGAUUGGUGAUAAGGUUGCUAAAGUACAGGAGCAAACAACGAUGAACUCUCCGCAACAGCAACAACCUUCCUGUAAGCAGUCUAAACAGCACAACCAAACAGCAACAGCUUCACCCACCGUUACGAGAAAGACGUCAUCUAGCAGCAGCAGCAGUAGCAGCAGUAGUUUGAUCAACCACGAUGAAAGUGGGAGCAGUGAUCUAGUACCCGUGUCCAAGCUGCUUGAUAACGCUGUCAAUCCGGCAUUGGAAAGCUUUUUCAGCAGACCAGAGGUUCAGGUACCACUAUCUCAGGAUCACAGCGAUGAGGAGGGACUGGUGGCGUCUGGUUCGGCGUCGGAGAGUAAUAACUCUGGCACGGAUGAUCCGAACCCUUCGGCGGUGGCACUUGCCCAUCAGCAGCAGAAAAAGAAGUCCGCCUACAGCCUGGCCCCGAAUCGUGUCAGCUGUCCGUACUGUCAGCGCAUGUUCCCGUGGUCAAGUUCGCUGCGUCGACACAUCCUCACGCAUACCGGCCAGAAGCCGUUCAAGUGUUCCCAAUGUACGCUGCUCUUUACCACCAAAUCUAACUGUGACCGACACCUACUCCGCAAGCACGGUGACGUGGAAUCGGCCGUUUCGAUACCGGUACCGAUUGACGAUCUGCUGGAUCCGAAACCGGAACCGAUACCGGUGGCAGUUGCCGAAGCAAUGUGCAAGAAGAUAUCUGGCAAAGGAACGCGAUCAGCAGCGGUUACCUCACUAAAGGGACCUGAACAGCAGCUGCAACAACAACAGCAGCAGCAACAGGUUAAUGUCGAAGAGGAGGAACACCAACCAGAUGCUGGGCAGUCGAAGGAUAAGGAUUGCGAGGUAGCUGCGGUGGCAUCAAAAAACGAUUCACUUGUGGUAGCGGCGAUAAACCGUCGCGAGUCAGAAGACGAGGAGAAUGUUAAGCUGAACCCAGUGUUCGACAAGAAGAAUGGCAGUGAAGGUGGAAAACAGGAUGAAGUGGAGGAGGAAGAGGAGGAGGACGAGGAUGAGGAGAAGGAAGAAUUGGAAGACAAAACGUCGAAUGAGCAAGAAGUGAAGGAAACUCGUCAUCGACGGUCAGCACGCCGUCAUCAUCGUGAUGAGACGAUGGAAAACGGCGAUGAAGAGGAAAGCCGUCAACGUCGCUUCAAUCAACACCAUUCGGAGAAUACACCAGAUACGGCGAUGGAGGAAGAGGAAGGUGAGGGCAAGGAAGGACUGUUUUCGGUUGGUGGUUUGCCAGAUCUUCCCUACAAGUGCCACCUGUGCGAUGUUUCAACCGCUGAGCGAGUGUCCUGUCUGGAGCACAUUAAGCAAACGCAUCCACAGGAGUUCACGACACUUAUGGCGAAGGUAUCGCUCGAGGCGGCCGCAUCAGCAACGGAGAGUGAAGCACACACCGGCUCACCGGACGAUGAUGAGAGUGGCAACAACAACAAUAAUAACAACAAUAACAACAGUGGCAAGUAUCUCGACUAUGCCAAUCGGAAGGUUAUCUGCGCAUUCUGUUUGCGUCGCUUCUGGUCGACGGAAGACCUGAGACGGCACAUGCGGACGCACUCCGGUGAGCGACCGUUCCAGUGUGACGUGUGCGAUCGCCGAUUCACCCUCAAGCACAGUAUGCUACGCCACCGGAAGAAGCACACCACUGGCGGUGGCAAUAGUUCACCCACCUCAUCCUCAUCCUCCUCCGGUCGGCGACAUACCGUUCGUCGCCCAAACGAUCAGUCGGACGGUAGAGCAGGUAAGAGCAACGGACACGCAGAUCCCAACAGCGGUUCCGAUCUUACCGAUGACGACGAGUAUGAGGACGCGGAGUGCUCCAGCCCACCGUUAUCUAGUCGGCAACAGCAACAGCAGCAGCAGCAGCAAGAUUAUAGCCACCGAGUACCAGCCGAAUGUGGAACCAAAACCACCACUGCGGAGAUCCAAGCGGUUCCAGCAUCGGCAGCCAUCAUCGCAGGAGGGAAGCGUUACAACCAUCACCAUCACUUCCAGCACCACAGCCAACAGCAGCAGCACUCGGAGUUGAUCGGUAACCUGCUCGGCAUCAGCGACCAAGGCAUCUUGAGCCGGGUGUUGCUCUCAUCUGCCUCCGAAGCUGCCAAGUUACUCGGUGUCGACAAGUGACGUGACCGGUUUAGCCAAACAACGCAAAACCCGCACUUACACUUACCGGCGUGUGACAUUCACUUGCUGGUUUCGCACUUGCACAGAAACGCACCAAACCAGCAAAGGAGGAGCAGCUUAGUUCCCGACGAUACUCGAUGGUAAUGUGCAUUCCACACACAAAGAUGGUGCCUGGCGGAUUUCGCAUAUGUUUUUUUUUUAAAUUAAUUUUUGUUAUUAGAGGUUAAACAAGUCGUUCAUAUAGGAAGAAAAAGGAUUCAAAAGCAUGCUUCAAUAUCCUUUACGUUUUCAUAAUUAUUUGUGUAAAUAUUUUGUUUUAAAGAAACAGCUCCUAAGAUAAAUGUUGGAAAAAAGAUAGAGAUAGAUAGAUACAGCAAGAGAGAUAAAGAGAGAGAGAGGGAUUUUAAAUUUGAUCUUUUAAUUUCAAUUAAGUUAGAAAAUCGGAAAAUGCACUCGCGUAGCAUACGACAUUUUCCAAAAGCAUAAUCAAAACUACAUAUUACUUAUAUUUAUACUACAACUACUUAUAAUACCUUAUGAAUGUAAUCCUACAAUUUAUUUGAUUUAACAUAAUCGUAAAACAAAAAUUAUCUUUAAAACAUGCAUAGCCCAACUAGAAGAGUUCCAGUUCAAUUUGUGUUUUGGCAUUCAAAACCUCAAGAAACCUGCCAUUGCAGGUAUGUCUUGACAGUAUUUAACCGUUGCUGUGUAAAGCCACACUGCUAUAUAGCACUGCAAAAAAGGAUUACAACUUUGAAAUAUUUAGUUUUCUUUUUUUUAGUACUUUUUUCAUUGUUGCUUUAUUUUAACCAAUGUGCGGAUGCGCGUACAUUCUUAUUUACUUAUAAUGGAAGGAAUAAUUUAUAAUACGCAUACAGAAUUAUUUUGUGGCCAGAUUUUGGGAACCGAAUGUGUUUGUAGAAGACAAAGUACGUUGCAAAUGUUAUUGGAUAGUGCAAGCACACAGGUUAGCCAUAAAAAGAAGAAAAAAAGCAAAAGCUAUCGAGAAGUGUACUAGUGACGCAUGGAUGAGAGUGAGUCCUUUUUAAGGAGUUUUUUUUUGUUUAUUUUUUUUUAUCUUGAAUUUUGUCAAUACUGUUAAAUAUUUAUUUUGUUCGUUUCGGUUUUAGUGGGAUAUUACUAAGUGGUUUGCUUCUUACCACUAGGCGCGUACUUAUAAUAUAUUUUAAAAAAAUCUGAAUUUACUCCAUGAAUUAUUUGCGAAUAUGUUUAGUGUGUUUAAGAGAAUUAUGGAAACAUCAAUGCAGUGUUUAGGACGCUUCAACAGUUGAGUAGCCCCGUGUAAAUGGAAUGAGUUAUUUUUUACUAAAAGUGGCAAGAUGAAUAGGACCAAAUCACUAUAACGGAAACGGAUUAUACUGAAUAUGAUUUUUUUUGUACCGCUAAUGCUAUCAAAGUGCCUAUAAAAGUGUAUAUGUACCAGAGCCAAGCCAAUAUAAUAUGUUGCAUGUUUUACGUUUCACGUUCUCGAUUUUGAGCCGCUUCCCUCUCUGCCAUUUUUAAUCGUGAUUUAAAUUUGAUUUGAAACGAUCAAAACAGACUACUUGAAAGGGGGCGCAGAGCGGGGAGUAGACAGAUAUGAUAUUGGGUAAUGUUUCCCGCGUGUUCGAGCCUUAUGUAUUAAGAAAAUAAUAAUUUGCUUUGCCUUGAUAGCAUGAUUUCAGUCCAAUGGGUGGUGCGCGGUGCACAGGAGCGGAAAAAGGUUGUAAAAAGCAAUAUAACCUUGUUUUAAAUGAGUGUUGUGUAGUGUGCAAGGACGCUACUACAAACUACCAACUAGCGAUAUAUAUAAAUAGAUUUUAGGAUAGAAAGCAAACGGGAAGAAUAGAUAACAUUUUCAUUACGCACGCGACAUACAUGUGUUGCGUUGUUUUAUUUUUAAUUUAUAACUUUAUUUAAUGAGUCAUGAAUAUAAAACUGACAAACAAUUCCACACACACACACACACACACACACACACACACACGUACAGUACUCUCAUGCACCAAAUGUCCUCAGCAAAAGGGAGGUAAAGAUAUCCGUUUUUAGAGAGCCAGAAACAGGACACAACAAAUUAUAAUGUAAUAUUAAAGACAAACAGCGUUCAAUAAACCGCUUUGAAUGGAGAAGAGGGAGAAAACAGUACAUGGAAAAGGAAAGAUGAACAUUCUUCUCUUUAUAUGCCAAUACGAGCCAAUACAAGUAACGAAUAUAUUAGUAAGGUGGUAAAGGGAGUGUGGAAAAAAAAAUACAGCAAUACGACCAAAGGUGUUACUGCAAGAGUGUGGGGGUGGUUAGGUGAGGCAAAUGUGCUUCGACUGCUUGAAAACCCCUGUGUACAUUGGGACGGUUUGCAGGCGCGUCUGAAGAAUAGCAUGGGCCAAGAAGACUUGGAAGGGACGGAGGGGAGGGGAAGGGAGAGGAAGAGAGGAAGGAGGAUGGAAAAGAAGGGAGAAGUACACAUUCCGCCUCGUCUCUCUUCUGUUCUCUUCCCCUGUAGCAGUAGGAUUGCAAACGAAUGCAAUAUCACUUAUAUCAAUCUAUUCAAUUUGAUGUGUUUACUAUUAAAAUUCCUAGUAGCGAACGAACCUAACGAACCGUUGCGUGUGUAUGCGUGAAUGUGUGAGUGUGUACUGAAUGAGUGAACGGGUCUUGUGUAGGUGCGGGAAUAGUAAAUUCUAUGCUUUCACUAGUUAGAUGCUGCGAAACGGCGAGCGAGAAAAGGGGUAGUAACGUUUAGUAGCUUUUGUUGCAGGAAGCAUGUACUAAGAGGUUUAAAAAAAACGUUUGUUUCUCUCUUCUAUAAAUUAUUCAGUAUAACAAAUUGCCCAAAGAUGAAUGUUUUGCUCUUAGUGAGCAUAUUGCUUAGAGAGGGGAAAAAACAAUGAAGAUAGGAAGAAACGGAAACCAUGGUGGGACAAAGAAUUCACUGCAAGUGCCAUUAAAAACAUACAAGAAGAAAAUGCAAGCAAAAAAAAUGCAUUAUAAGAAGAAACAUGCUAAACACAACCACUCUACAAAUGAUGAUGGACAAAAGAAAGAGCUUGUAUAAUCUGUACCUAUAAACCAUUUACCAAUUAAUAGAUGUGCAACGAAUUGGAAAGAUAUAUACAGAGCAACUCCUCCGUAGCAAGUUUGUCCUUCCUUUGCUCAUUUUGGGACACGGUAAGAGGGUUUGAUGGUCGGAAUUGGAUUGAAACCUUGUGCAAAAAACUUUAAUCUCUUACAGUCACACCGACAUUAUUGAAAAAUGGUGGCAGUCACAAUCUAGCUUGUAACGUUCCCUUAUGUUUCGUUUUUGUUUGGUGGCAAAGAUGGCACACUCAACAGACAGAAAGUGUAAAAGACCGAAAGAGUGUGGUACCGUGGGCUGUACUUUAAUUUAUGCCUUAAACAUUGUGUUCAAAGCGAAACAAUUAAGAAACCAUCCCCCCCCCCAUCCCGCGUACUAGUUGGAAUCACGGUAGAACAAGAAAACGUAAAAAACAGAACGCAAUGUGGAAAGUGAAGAAAAUACGAUAUAUUAAUAAUUAAUGACACAGAAAGACGGGCCGAUGCAGCAUCUCACAUUAAUGGAGUUAGGAUCUAGUUGCGUAAGAAGCCGUUGUCGUAGUGCGUAUUGAGAACAUGAGGAAGCGGCAAUGGUGUGUUGAAAAAACAAAAAGAAAGAAGAGAAAAAAGAAAGCUGUUUGUAACACUUACGUACAUACCACACAACCAUUAUCAUAUUCAUGACGCUAUUUAUGACCCCCCCCAAAAAACCGAAUUAAUAAAAAUAAUCUAAAACAAAUGAGGAAA